UUUUUUCUGUUUUGCUAGCCUACAGUCUAGUACAGAGCAGCUCACGAAAGCGAAGGAUCAAUAAUUAAUUUACAUAGACGACGAAUACAAUGGAUUUCUUUUGUGACUGGAACGCAAACUGGCUGUACGUUGUUGUCCGGUUAAAGGGACCUCGACCGUACCAGGAGGAUGCGACGGUAGCGCAUUUGGACCUCCUAAUACCGGACUCCCCUGCUUCUGUCACCACGUUUGGUGUGUUUGACGGGCAUGGAGGGGCAGCCGUGUCGCGAAUGCUGUCGCGAGAUGUUCCUGCCAGGCUGUGCGACAGGCUAGCCCGACAUGGGUUAAAUCAUAUGGACCAUUGCCUACGAGAGGCAUUUCACGACUCAGACGAUCGCCUGCAGGAGAGACAUUAUGAUAAAUGGAGGGCGCAAGGCAGCACUGGUUGUUUCGCUGCUUCAAUAGGUGACCAACUUGUGGUGGCCAACAGCGGCGACUCUCGGGCUAUCAUGAGUGUCAAUGGUCAAACACACCCCCUGUCCCACGAUCAGAAGGUGGACACCCCAGCCGAAAAAGCGCGGAUGGACCAGUUGGGAGCAAAGUAUCACGGGAGAAAAGGCCCAAACAACACGCGAUGCAAUUACGUUGUGUCUCCAGAAGCUAACAGUUACUAUAGAGUGAACGUUGCACGUGGAUUCGGUGAUGGGCAAUUCAAGCCGGGACCGCAUCGCAACCAACAUAUAAUUCCAGUGCAACCCGAGAUCACAACGGUUCUGGUGAAUCAAGACGUCGAAUUUAUUGUCCUGGCUACUGAUGGAUUGUGGGAUGUAAUGUCCAGCGAGCAGGUCAUAAGCUCUAUUCGCGAAUCGCUGAAGGGUCCGCGCUCCCCCGCGCAUAUACGAAGGAGUAUAAUUCGAUUGGCACAAUCGGCAAUUCAUGACCAUAACACGAAAGACAAUGUCAGUAUUGUAGUCGCGUUCAACAUAAAAGGACGGAGCCUGGCGGCAUUAGCUCAGCGGAUGUGGCCGGAAUGA